UUUUUUUUUUUUUUUUUUUAAAUAACUUCUUCAAACAAAACAAUUAGAGCAAGAUACUUGAACAAGUGGCAUUGACUUUGAUUGCAGGAAGAUAUUCUUCACGUUUGCAAGCAACAACUUUUAUUAAACGCAAUAGCCAAUGGGCACGACUAAAAGUCGUAAAUCUAGGCGGAAUAACUCGAGACCAACUGCCUAUACUUUCUUAUCCAACAUUGCACUCGGAAGUGAAAAGAAACCCCCGUCACCACCACCAUUGUCGUCCCAAGAACCACAGGAUGACUUACAACUCGCUUACCUCUCCCACAACAUACACUACGUUGACGACACCCCUCUCGGCGCUUCUUUGCACUCAUCCGACAGUAGCUGCUUUUCAGCCGACGAAGACCAAACCACCACCUUACCUACUGAGACCCACCCUCGAACGCAUUCAACAACCGCUCCACCCGUUAUAACAUCCAAUGCGCUGGAUAUCUCACAACAAAAGAGAACCAAAUACCUCAUCCCUAAGCGCAAUCCCUCCGAAAGCAGCAACGAGAGUCAUCAUAAACUCACACGCGAGGACAGCGAACGUCCCAUUGCAUCUGAGAAAAUCAAGAAAAAGUCGGCUCACGGCGAAAAAGAGCAUGGCCACAACGCAAUGUCCAUCAUGUCCGUAUUCCGCUAUUACACGGACAAGAUUCGACAUUCAUCAAGUAAGCGAAAGACCUUUGAUCAGUCCGCUCAUCGUGGCUACGUACAGCAACAACUUGAGAGCCAUGACGGGCACAAAUACCGUCGAGCCAAUUCCUAUGCUCAUUACCUGAACACAACGGGUUCCUUACUUAGUGAUGAUACCACGGUGGAACAACAACUUACAGCGGAUUCGUAUGACCCGUAUUUCCUAGAUGAUGACACGUAUGGUAAAUAUGGUCUAGAUCCAAGCUCAUUGGGAACGUUGACGAAUGGGAUGCGACCGUCUGAUGUAAAACGAGAAAUGAAUGAACAGUUUCGACAAAACCACCCACAAUUGUCACCCGAGAUCACGCUUUCAAAGAUACGAGCGAUUAAGCUUCACUUGUUUGAGAUUGGCAAAGGGCUUGAUCUGGAAGUAUCCAGUGUAGCGCAUGCGUAUGUCUAUUUCGAGAAAUUGGUGGUGAAAAAUAUGGUGACAAAAAAGAACCGUAAACUAUUGGCUGCCUGUUGUCUCUUUUUAGCAACCAAAGUGAAUGAGGCGAAAGGGACAUGGUUUCAACCGUUGCUAGAGGCGAUGGAUGAUGAAUUGGGUGUGGAUGCGAAGGAAAUUCAUGAGCAUGAGUUUGCGGUAUUUGCUGAUCUGGAAUUUAAUCUGUAUGUACCUCGAAGAGAAUUUAUGCCUCAUUUCGAAAAUAUCUUUCGACAUUUAGAAUACAAGAGCAUUGGAGAAUAUUUAAAUAAUUCGACUUUUUUUGAAGUCCAUCGACGCAUGUAGUUUUUUUUUUUUUAUUAUUUACACAAAAAAAAUAAAAUAUAUCUAUAUAUAUAUAUAUAUAUAUA